AUGAAUAUUGCUCAUACCAUCUUCGGUGUUUUUGGAAAUGCAACUGCUCUGUUCUUGUUCUUAUCACCUUCGAUUACAUUCAAGAGAAUCAUCAAGAACAAGUCGACCGAGCAAUUUUCCGGCAUUCCUUACCCAAUGACUCUCCUCAACUGUCUCCUCUCAGCUUGGUACGGACUUCCCUUUGUGUCAAAAGACAACACUUUAGUGACAACAAUCAAUGGAACAGGAGCUGUAAUCGAGAUAGUCAAUGUUUUGAUCUUUCUUGUGUUUUCUCCUAAACAGGAGAGAGCUAAAAUCUUUGAGAUUGGUGAUAAAGACAAAGAGUGUAGAGUUCAUGCCGUUCUUCUUGUUUCUUUGUGUGUUCCUCUGUGGAGCCUCAUGGUUUGUUUAUGGUCUCAUUGGGAAGGAUCCUUUUGUUGCAGUAAGUUUGUUAGUUUCCUUUUCAAAGGUUUUGUAAGAGAGAACUACUCUUCGGUGAAGUCUCUAGAUGGAAUAGAGGGUUCGGAUUCAAUUCGUAGAGCAAAGACUCUGGUCGAAGCAGAGAGUCUUGUGCAAAAGGCUAAACAAGUCGAAGUGGAGUCUAUUGGGCCAAAGGAGAAACAAAAGAAGACGGGGCCCAAAGCUGAUAUGUUUGAAAAGAAGGAAAACGACAAGUUACAACGGUCAUCUCUCUUUGAGGAAAAAGACAAAGAACGAAACACAGAGGAAGGCAGAGCAAGGCAAUAUAGAUUCGGAUGUGCAUUAGGGACGUUGCAACCGAUACUGUACUUGGUAUACUUUAGAAACAACAAAGCCGAGAAAACCGAAGCGGAGGAGGAGAGGAAGAAGAAGACUGUGGAGAUGAGCAAUGAAGAGAAGCAAAAUGUGGCCAUUGCCAAUAGAAAAGCAGAGGAACAGGUUUAUAGAAGACCAAAAUGCCAAGUCAAGAACCAGAUGCAAGGUUCUAAGGGGCAAUAUACAGAAGACUUCAAGCUUGGCUCAAGGUGGAGAUUCAUAUGA